AUGUUGGCUUGCGUCGGAAGGCCGGAACAUUUUGUCCACUUCUUUUAUGGCAUCAACAAAGCCCUAAAGCUGCAAAAGGGAGCAGUGAUGGUCGCUGGCCCCUCAAGUAUCUCUGAGGUGACUCAUAGUGUCAAGUAUCAUUGUACUUUUUCUUCUUCCGGUCUAAACGGCAGUCCCGACAUCGCAUCAGCUGUGAAACGGAAUUCGACCAUAAGCCUCACUAGCCUACAUGCACGACACUUAUGA